AUGGCGGUCCUCUCCAGUGGACGAAUAGUUCCGCAUGACCACGAAUACAAAGACUACUGGACGUACAAAGUACGAGGUGGGCUCCUCCCUGGCUGGGUCAAGCGUGCUGUGAGGGGGAAGCGUGACUUCUGGCGGGAGUGGGACUUUGAUGCCGAGGAGCUGGGAAGCAGAGAUUCGUAUGUGAUGGCGAGGAAGGAGAGAGGCAGCGGAAGUGUUUUGACGACUAGUGGGGUCGGGGUAAGUGUGGCUGUUGGCCUGGGCGAACAGCAGGGCGCGGUGUCGAUGGAUGGGAUUAUUACAGGAGAUAGGAGGUGGGAGAUGGAUAAUGGUCAGGCGUAUCCGAUGAUUAGCACAACUUCGAAAAUUGAUGGAAGUGCGCAGACUAGCCCGCCUUCUAGGAGAUGA